UCGAGAAGAAGCGAUCCUCUGGCGUUGCCGAACGUGCGUGAUCACGAAGAAACUACGGAGAUACGGUAGCGGCCAAAGAUUCGCCGAGCGACGAUCCUCCAUCACCAGUUGUUCCAGUGAAUCGUUUGCAUAGACUUCGAUCGCGUGUGUCGCGUUUUACGUCGUGCUGACUGCGAAGACCGACCAUAGGGAAUCGCCUGGUGGCGCGGAAAGGCGAAGGAAGUUCCUGAAGAGGAACCCAGCCGGUAUCCGGCGUUCGAUCAACGCCAUCUCUAACUAUACUUAGAUCAAAUUUAAUCAUGGAGAAUGAAGUAACUACGACUUCUGACAUAAUCAAGACGCCAGAAGGUAUUAAAGAAUGGAUAGUAUCGAUGUUUAUCACCACGUCACAAACUGUCGUAGGGCAGACAUUGUUCAAAUUACUCGACUCGUUUCUCUGGGUCAUCGAAAAGUCUGCACAAUGGAGUUUACCAGCUCAGGAAAUCGAAGCUGAGGACGAUGGUAAAGUAUUCGGGAAGUUGAAACUUAUCAGACCCCUACCGUGGAUUCUAUUCCUGCCAGGAUUAGUGAUACUUCGAAUCAUCAGAUGUGCGAUUAACGUUGGUGCUUAUAUUUUUGGCUAUCCACAAAUCAAACCGAGUGGAAUGGUAAAAUCCAUGCAAAGGAGCCGUAGACGAUUAAGAGCGCUGAACUUGAAGAUAGCGAAAUCAAUGCGGCGUAGUCCGAUUAGCAAGGACAAGAGAUUGACGAUGAUCGAGGCCAAGAAGGCGCUAAUCAGAUCCAUUAGAUUGACUUUGUCGACUUUGUCUUGCUUGGAUACGUCUAAAUCAUCGCCUUCGCCACCACCAACGAAAAUUCGCAUAAGUCAUACGGAUCUUGAACCGGUGGCAACGCCGGACGAAAAAUCAACCACAGAAUCUGUCGACAGUCCGAUACACCAUGAAGCGAAGCGCAAAUUUUCUGAGCUCAUUUCGGACGAAGAAAACACUGACGAAUCGGAUAACGAAAGACUGCAUAUGAAACUUGAAAGAUUGGCCUUGGAAGAUAGCGCAGACGAUUUAGAUUUUAACCUUGCCACGUGUAGCACAGGGAUCAACACAGCAUCCAGCUCGGUGAGCAGCGACGAAGCGGACAAAGAUGUGUCUAUAACGGAGGUGAGGGACAUUCAGAGGGAAGCUAACGAAUUCCUUCAAAAAAUGGCUUCGUUAAAAGCUACGAAAACAGAGUUGCAGACACUGAGUUUGGAGAAAUUGGAGGAUAACCCGGAUGGCGAGAAAUACGGCGUGGACAGUUCGGAAUCCGAAUACCAAAAGCCGACCUGUGGGUCUAAAGAGUUUAUCGAUCAUGAAAUAUCGUCCACGUUGAAGCAAUUUUCAAUAGACGAGACCCCGUUACUGGGAGAAACCAAUCAAGUCGAAAGCCAAAAAGAGCCAGCAACUUGCGAAUUACCGGUAGCGCAAGAAUCUUGCGAAUUGCCAGCAGCGCAACAAUCUUGCGAAUUAUCGUCAACGCAAGAAUCUUGCGAAUUGCCACCAGCGCAAGAAUCUUGCGAAUUACCGCCAGCGCAAGAAUCUUGCAAAUUACCGCCACCACAAGAAUCUUGCGAAUUACCGCCAUCGCAAGAAUCUUGCGAAUUACCGCCAGCGCAACAAUCUUGCGAAUUACCGCCAGCGCAAGAAUCUUGCAAAUUACCGCCACCACAAGAAUCUUGCGAAUUACCGCCAUCGCAAGAAUCUUGCGAAUUACCGCCAUCGCAAGAAUCUUGCGAAUUGCCGCCAGCGCAACAAUCUUGCGAAUUACCGCCAUCGCAAGAAUCUUGCGAAUUACCGCCAGCGCAACAAUCUUGCGAAUUACCGUCAGCGUCAAAAUUUCGCGAAUUACCAUCAGUCCCAAAAUUUUGCGAAUUACCACCAGAAUGUCGCGAAUUACUACCAGCGCCGGGAUCUCACACAUUACCAUCAGCGCAAGAAUCUUGCGAAUUACCCUCAACGGCAGACACGUGCGAAUCACUGCCAGAAUGUUGCGAAUUACCGCCAAUGCCAAAACCUUGCGAAUUGCCACCAAUCCCAAAAUCUUACAAAUUACCGCCAACUCCAGAAUCGUGCGAAUUACCAUCAGCACCAGAAUCUUGCGAAUUACCGCUAUUGCCAGAAUCAUGCGAAUUGCCACCAUCUCAGAUACCUUGCAAAUUAACGCCUGCAUCAAAAACUUGUACAUCAGAGGAAGAUCGUACUGUGGACGCAAAAGAAUUCCCAAUUGAGCAAGAAAAGAAGGAUUGCAUACCUAAAAAUCUUGAACAUCACCGAGAUACCAACUAAAUCUUCUCGACUCAAAAACUCAAUCUGAAUAGAGAUGCUGUCCUAUUCAACGUUCCCCUAGAUAGGAAUCGUAUAAAGAAGGAAAGGCGAAAACAGAAUCAGCUGACCAUAUUAGGACGAUCAUAGAUCACAAUUGGAAUUUUACGAAAAUCGAUUCUCUUUUUGUUUUAUGUUCCUAGUUUUUAGCGAUCACUCGUUAUCGAUAAAAUGGACAAAAUCGAAUUGCGUGCGACCGUCGCCUAAAUUAAAAAGUCGAGAUAUAUUUAUUUUGAGCGCCACUAACGUUAAUAUUCUAAAUUUCAACGAUAUUGAUUUCUAAAUUUAAUAAUUUCAAGCUACUAAUUAAGACUACGUAACUAUUUGAGACACCACUGAUGCUUGGUAUUCUAAGUUUCAGUGCUUCUCGUUAAAGUUAAUAAUUCAGUGUAAAUAUACGCUUCUUACUUCGUUCGAUCCAUUUUGAGCUAAAUGACUUUAUAAAUUCGUGUUGGACGUUUUUCUGACAUUCGAGAUUCUGAUAUUCGGGAAAAUACUAUAUCGAGAAAGAGCGGUCUGAUCGUUACGAAAGUUUCGUUCGAGACGGCAAUGUAUCGCUAGCACGACCAACGAUAAAAAAAAUUCUGACAGAUAAUAGAAGAUAAUGGUUAAGCGAUUCACAGGGCAGAUGGGAUUCUAGCCACUUAUGCAAUAUUUGGUAAAAAAUGUCUGAUCUAUUCGGCAUGGUAUAAACUUGCACGACGUUUUCUCGUGUUGCUCAAAGUACAAAAUGGGACACGUUAUCGUGUUCAGCCUCCCGCUUCAGAGAUAAUUCGUGUAGCCAUUUAUCGUGGUUGCAAUUUUUCAUGCGCGGUCAGUCUUUAGAAAUAACAUCGCGAGGAGAAGUUGGAUCUACUCUUGUAAAAUUUACGAUCAAUAUUAAUUAAUAGAGAACUAAAUUAAGAGAUAGUAAUUAUAUAGCAGAAUGUUCUUGAAACUUCGAAGAUUAUUCCUGAAAAGAAGGCCACGAGUACUGAUAAUUAUUUUAAAAAGUAAAUUAACAAAAAUCGAAUACCGUCCUAUUGGUGAAAAUUAAAUUAACAUGUAGUAAUUAGAAUAUAAAAUGUAAUUAGAGUGCAUCGAAUAUAUCGAUGCACUUGAAGUUUCAAAAAUCAGAUUCCCAUCGUUGAAGCUUCAAGGUGAUCAUUCUGUUUUUUAGUUUCCACUUAAUUUCAAAAAUUAAAAUAAAGACACUAUAUAUUAAAGAAGACUGAAUAUGAUUACUUAGAAAAGCUUGAUCUCUCGGAGCUGGAAUAACAUUUUACAUCACGUUUACGAUAUAUUUUACGAGCGAUUAAAAACCCCGAUAUGAAUUUCCCUAAAUAAUCAUAUUAAAUUAAUCUAAAAAGUGCACACGAAUGUGAAUUUAUUUAAAAUGUUUUUAUAUUACUUUUGCAAAAUGAAAUUUCUAUUUUUGAACAUAGUGUCAUUUCUUAAUAAAGGAAGCCACAUAUA